UUUUUUUUUAAACUCCAGCAUGUAAAUCCACCACAAAGAAGCUGAAGUUCAAAUAAGGCUGCUUUAGCCUUGCAUGAAAAGAUAGAUUUAAAACUCUGGAACUGAAAUGUCAGAGUUCUGUUCUUUCAUCAAAAUAAAGUUACUACUGCAGGCUAUUGUCUGUCCGUGCCUAUGGCAUGAGGAUGUGCAGCUAAGAUUCAACAACUGAGCUAUUCUUCUAUCAACAAAAACAGCUUAAACAAUAAGGAAAACAAGAUUAUCAGAGCCUCAAGGCAUUAACUUUUAUAAUUAUAGUAUCAAAUAUAGAGAACUUUUCAGCGGAGGAAUCCUUCACUACAGACAUACUUCUGAUACAGUCAGCUAAGUGAAAUGUCAGUUUCCAUGGAUAAACUGUUCAGUUAAUCUUUGAUAAAAAGCACAUUAAAGACUGAAGAAAGAAGCCAAAGGCAAAGGAAACAGGCAGAUUUUAAAAGUUCUCUUGCAGAAGAAAAAUUAUCCAAAAAUAAAGAAUGAUGAAGGCAGCAAGAUUAAUUUGUUUACUACUAAUUGCCAUCAUGGGAAUGACUGCUAGCAAGACGAAGGAAUUUGAAAGCAGUGAUGAGGGCACAGAGCAAGAAUUCAUUUAUAUGAACAGAUACAAGCGGUCCAGUGACACACAAGACAAGUGCACUUAUACCUUUAUUGUACCGCAGCAGAAAGUGACAGGUGCCAUUUGUGUUAAUUCAAAGGAGCCUGAAGUGGUUCUUGAAAACCGGGUAAAUAAGCAAGAAUUAGAGCUGCUUAACAAUGAACUUUUAAAGCAAAAGAGACAAAUAGAAACUCUGCAGCAACUGGUGGAGGUGGAUGGUGGGAUUGUUAAUGAGGUUAAACUUUUACGAAAAGAAAGUCGGAAUAUGAACUCUCGUGUCACGCAACUUUAUAUGCAACUGCUGCAUGAAAUUAUUCGAAAACGGGACAAUGCAUUAGAACUUUCCCAGCUUGAAAAUAAGAUAUUGAACCAAACUGCUGAUAUGUUGCAGCUUGCAAACAAAUACAAGGAUCUAGAGUACAAAUAUCAACAUUUGGUGUCAAUUGCCAAUAACCAGUCAAUAAUUAUUGCACAGCUAGAAGAACAUUGUCAAAGAACGCCAUCCAUUAAGCCAAUACCCCAACCUCCCCAACCACCAAACAGAAUGUAUCAACCUCCUACUUACAAUCGCAUUAUUAACCAAAUAGCUACCAAUGAAAUUCAGAGUGAUCAGAAUUUAAAGGUUCUACCACCUAAUCUACCUACCAUGCCAUCAGUUACUAAUAGUCCAUCUUCAACUGAUAAACCAUCUGGGCCAUGGAGAGACUGUCUACAGGCAUUAGAAGAUGGCCACGACACCAGUUCUAUCUACCUUGUGAAACCUGAAAACACAAAUCGACUUAUGCAGGUCUGGUGUGACCAACGACACGAUCCUGGUGGCUGGACAGUCAUUCAGAGACGAUUGGAUGGAUCAGUCAACUUUUUCAGGAACUGGGAUACUUAUAAGCAAGGAUUUGGGAACAUAGAUGGAGAGUAUUGGCUGGGUUUAGAAAAUAUUUAUUGGCUAACAAAUCAAGGCAACUACAAACUGCUUGUAACAAUGGAAGACUGGUCAGGUCGAAAAGUAUUUGCUGAAUAUGCCAGCUUCAGACUGGAGCCAGAGAGUGAAUAUUACAAGUUGAGAUUGGGUCGUUACAAUGGCAAUGCUGGGGAUUCUUUCACUUGGCAUAAUGGGAAGCAGUUCACCACACUGGAUAGAGAUCAUGAUGUAUACACAGGUAACUGUGCUCAUUACCAGAAAGGAGGAUGGUGGUACAAUGCCUGUGCUCACUCAAACCUCAAUGGAGUCUGGUAUCGGGGAGGACAUUAUCGUAGUCGAUAUCAGGAUGGUGUUUACUGGGCUGAAUUCCGUGGGGGCUCAUAUUCACUAAAGAAAGUUGUUAUGAUGAUCAGACCUAAUCCCAACACGUUCCACUGAAAGAACUGUUACUUUUAAUUUACCGUUUAAAAAAGAACAAUAAAAUGGCAGGAGUAGCUGCAUGUGCUAUCUGGAAUACAUCUUCAUAGCAGCAACGAAUGUAAGAUACUGUACUUUUAUUGCUAAAAUCUGAGGACUUGUAUAUUGUAUUUUCAACAUUCAUGCCAGCAAAAAACAUACAAUUUAGGUGAUAUAAUAAACUCAGAACAUCUUUCUUUGUAACAAAAAUAAUUAAGGGUCCUGUUUUUAGAACCGGGCAUUGAGAUGGACUGUAGAUAACACUUCUGAGUUUUAUUCCCUAUAAAUUAAGUCUAGAUGCUAAAAAUACUGCCACAGUUUCUACAUAUUUUGUAUGUUAUAUUAUGUAAAAAUAUUAUCAAUUACAGUACAAUCUGUACAGAAAGUGUUUUAUUGUUAUUAUUAGGCAUAAUUUGACACAGGAAAUAACAUCCUUUGAAACUAUGUAGCUGGUAUAUGUACCGUAUAGUAUUAGUGGGAUUAUUCCUAAAAUAAUUUUUCUUAAUUGUCAUAGAUAAAGCAAUAAUUAAAUCAUUUCAGUUGGUGGGCAGACACCCAAAUAAUUACAAUAUAAUUAAUUUAGUCUGUUACUUUCAUUCUUCUCUUGAUGUACAUGCCAUCAUUCUGAAAGCUGACCUCUGAUAAUCAAAAAUAUGUGUAAGGAAGGAAAAUGAAUGUUCUUAAAUUGAAAUGCCCACAUGUAUUUAUGAAGAAAUCCAAAUUUAUAAUGGCUAUUGCAUAUUACAUAGCCAACAUAAAUAAUGUUAAUUGCCACAUAAAAAAAAAGUCUAAAUAGUUAAUAUUUUAUACCUGAGCUACAUCAUUAUCUGAUGUGCAGACACUGUAAUAACUAAAUUGCUACAAAUUAAAGGGACUAUCCAACUUUGCAGGCAAAUGAUGGAUCCCGAUCUAUAUUCUAUUUAAUGUCUGUAGCCACAAGAUAAGGAUUCUUGGUAGAAAAUAUUUGUAACCAAGAACAAUUAUAUUUGCAAUAUUUCAUAAUCUAUAAUGAGUAUAUUCACUUAUACUCAUUUAUAAAUAAAAUCAAUUGUGGAAACUUGGAGAAUUUUAGAAUUCUGCUGUGGUUGGUAGAUAGAAUAGAUAAUUAUUGCAAAUUAGAAACUACAAUGAAAACCAUUACGUUUAGUGAAAGAAUGUGUGAAAAAAACCAAAAAUAGCUCUUGGCAAUUUAGCAUGCUUUACAAUAAGCCUGUGAGAUUUCUUUUUUACACAGUGUGCAUAUUUUAUAGUAUAAAUAUACUAUAUGUGUGUGUGUGUGUGUGUGUGUGUGUGUGUAUAUGUAUAUGUAUAUACACAUACACACGUGUGUGUGCUCUCUUCCCUUGUUACCUCAUCGUUUCUUCACAAAUGUAUUAUGUGCAUUAAAAACUGAUGAUGUCUGACGUAGCAUGUGUUGUAUAUAAAUGAAAGUAGGGUUUUUAAUAUAUUAUCAAAUUAUCCUUGUAAUAUUGCAAAUUGGCAAUAAAGCAACAAAUGGUAUUUUGAUGUA